UCACGUUAUUUAACUGUACAAGCUAUGCAAGCACCUGCUGCGGUGGAGCUCCCCAGACGAUGAAGCCUUCUGUCUUAAUGAUAUGAAUUACAACAGAAGAAUCACUAGAUUUUAAAAUCCCUUUUCCCACGCCAAGUCCAGACUGAUGAGGUCUGCCGUUAGUGCGUCGCAAAUACCAACCUUUUUGGCAAAACCAGUAACCCAUCUUCCAUCAGAAUCCCUAAGAACUGCUGGUCAUGGACAAUCCUUCGCUGCGCCGUCGGCGUUGAGCUUAUGCCACUUUACCGGUGGCGGGCUUCAGGCUAUACGACCCAGAGCCAGAGCCAUGGCGGCGUCCACUCCCAAUGCGCCUCCCCACCUGAACCUCUUUGCCGACGUGGCCAACAAAGUUGCCGAUGCUGCCGGAGGGGUCAUCCGUCAGUAUUUCAGGAGUAAAUUUGACAUUAUUCAGAAAGACGACCUCAGUCCAGUAACAAUUGCAGAUCAAUCCGCCGAGGAGGCCAUGGUUUCCAUCAUAUUAGACAAUUUCCCUUCUCAUGCUAUUUAUGGAGAGGAAAAGGGGUGGAGGUGUACACAAGACACUGCUGACUAUGUCUGGGUCCUGGAUCCUAUUGAUGGCACAAAGAGCUUCAUCACUGGAAAACCCCUGUUUGGAACUCUGAUUGCUCUUCUGCACAACGGUACACCAAUCCUUGGCAUCAUUGAUCAACCUGUCUUGAGAGAAAGAUGGGUCGGGAUGACCGGAGAGACGACUACACUCAACGGAAAACAUGUGUCCACACGCGCUUGCUCUAACCUCUCUCAAGCAUACCUAUAUACCACAAGCCCGCAUCUCUUCAGCGGAGAUGCAGAGGACGCAUUCUUCCGUGUUAGGGACAAGGUUAAGAUUCCAUUAUAUGGUUGUGACUGCUAUGCAUAUGCUCUUUUGUCUUCUGGCUUUGUGGAUCUUGUUGUUGAGUCCGGUCUCAAGCCAUACGAUUUUCUUGCAUUGAUACCUGUUAUUGAAGGAGCUGGAGGUGUCAUAACUGAUUGGAAAGGACAAAAACUUCAUUGGGAAGCUUCUCCACUUUCAACUGCAACAAGUUUUAAUGUCGUGGCGGCUGGUGACAAACACAUCCAUCAACAGACAAUAGAUUCAUUGCAGUGGAAGUGACAAUGGGGAUUCUUCAGAAUUCAGAUGUUGUUAAUGCUGUGUUGUGGUAUCAGUUGUUGACCAUUAUUUAACUAAUAAAGUUCAAAAGCGGUUGCUCAUGAUUUUUCCAACACCUUUAAAAUGUAGUUGAACCAGCCAUGCUGAACAACGUAAGUUCCCUGUUUUUCCCAUGUUAAAUCUCAUAAUGAUAAUUUUGUGAUGAUCCGAACAGUGAAGUAUGUUACAGAUCCCAGAUAAUUACA